CGGUUAAGCAAACUCUCUCCAAAUGGGACGUACCAAAACUCUUCUAACAUUCUCGUUCGCCUUUUUGGGAAACUUACCGGUACUCAUCAAACCGUCGACGCUUCACCUCUCACCACCACUUCUUUAUCUCUCUUUGACUUUGGCUCUCGCUACCUUACUGUGCUCAUGAACGGAACUUUCACCAUCUCUGACUCUCGAUUUUUUUUUUUAAAUCCGUCGAUGGACACCGUCGAUUCGUAUGAAAUCAGCAACCAAAGCAGCACUGUCUUAUCCGCCGCGGCGGAGCCAACGGAUAACACCGAAUCAUCUGCUGUUCGUCCACCAGAGCUUUCUCCGGUGGAUGUAUCGGCGCUUCAACUGCUCUCCAUCAACCUCGAGUCGCUGUUCGACUCGCCGGAAGCGUUCUACGGCGACGCCAAGCUGAUUCUCGCCGACGACCGAGAAGUAUCCUUCCACCGCUUCAUCGUCGCAGCGAGAAGUCCCUUCUUCAAAAACGCGUUAGCAGCCGCCGCCGAGAAGGAUCCGCAGAAAUCAUCCACCGCCGGUACGAAGCUCGACCUGAAGAACAUCGCGACGGAUUACGAAGUCGGAUUCGAUUCGGUGGCGGCCGUUAUGGCGUACGUUUACAGCGGCAGAGUGAGGCCGCCGCCGAAGGGAGUUUCUGAUUGCGCAGACGAGGAUUGCCGCCACGUGUCUUGCCGUCCGGCGGUGGAUUUCAUGGUGGAGGUUCUCUACUUGGCUUUCGUCUUCCAGAUUCCCGAGUUAGUUACAAUGUAUCAGAGGCAUUUAGUGGAUGUUGUAGACAAAGUUAUCAUAGAGGAUGCAUUGGUUAUACUCAAGCUUGCCAACAUCUGUGGCCAAGCAUGCAAGAAGCUGUUUGAUAAAUGCACAGAGAUCAUUGUGAAGUCUAAUGUAGAUACAGUCACUCUCAACAAGUCAUUGCCGCAGCAGAUUGUGAAGCAGGUAAUUGAGAUCCGUAAAGAGCUUGGCUUGGAAGUACCUGAACCGAACAAACACGUCUCGAAUAUUCACAAGGCGCUUGAGUGCGAGGAUCUCGAUCUUGUCGACUUGCUUUUGAAAGAAGGCUACACGAAUCUAGACGAAGCGUAUGCUCUCCAUUUUGCUGUUGCGUACUGCGCUGUGGAGACUGCUACUGAACUCCUGAAACGUGAGGUUGCGGAUGUUAACCGUAGGAAUCCGAGGGGGUACACGGUGCUUCACGUUGCUGCGAUGCGGAAGGAGCCGAGUUUGAUAGCGUUUCUGUUGACGAAAGGGGCAAAUGCGUCGGACAUGGCUUUGGAUGGUAGAACUGCUCUCUUGAUUGCAAAGCAAGUCACUAAGGCGGGUGAGUAUAACUGUAUAACGGAGGAAGGCAAGGAUUCUCCCAAAGGGCGAAUAUGCGUAGAGAUACUAGAGCAACCAGAGAAUCUAGGUCCGUUUCCUGAAGACGCUUCUUCUGCCUGUCUUGCCCUGGCUCCUGAUAAUGAACUGAAGAUAAGGUUGAUUGAUUUUGAAAACAGAGUUCAAAUGGCUCGAUGUCUCUUUCCAACGGAAGCACAACUCGCAAUGGAACUCGCCCCGAUGAAGGGAACAAGCGAGUUUACCGUGGAUAGCCAAGAGCUUGACGGCACUGGUGCAAAGAGGUCAGCACCAGACCAAUACAUGGUACCUUUCGUAUUCGAAGAAAAGCAUCGGAGUAGACUAGAAGCGCUUUCAAAAACUGUGGAAUUCGGGAGACGCUUCUUCCCACGCUGUUCGAGAUUGCUCGAUAAGAUUGCGGACUGUGAGACCUUGAAUAUACUUGCUUUCGUAGAGAAAGAGACUCCUGAGAACCGACUAGAGAAGAGGCAAAAGUACAUGGAAAUACAGGAGAGUCUGCUAAUGGCGUUUAAUGAAGACAAUGAGGAGCGUGGAAAGUCGUCUCGGUCAGGUUCCUCUUCUUCCACAUCGAAAUCAACAAAGAGGUCUAAUCGUAAACCCUCUCACCGACGUCGUCCGUGAGACUAUUUGUUGGGGUAAUAUUUGCUGUACUAAUAUAUUUUUAAAUUCUUAAGAGUCUCUCUGUCUAUAGUUGGCUCAGUUAUAUGUAUUCGAGCUGCAGGUGUGUUUCAAACAAAUGCUGUAACUUUUUGUAUCAGCGAUAUAUACUUUUAUGUACAUCGAUAAUAAACCAUGAUAGUGUUACAGAGUUA